UGAUAACCCGACCCGGUUCAAAUAAAAAACACCGCCGACAGUUUACCGCCAUUUCGUACAACUUGAAAACAUAGCUGUAGCCCCAAACACACAACAAUUGAGGGCUUAUGAAAGAAUACAAACCCUAAUUUUGAUAACUUGAAAUUAUGGAAGAAGAAGACGAUGUAGAAAUCCUUUCUAUCUCCGAUUCCGGUGACGAUUUCACUUCCGAUCAAUCCGAAGAAGAAGAAGAUGAAGACUUUAAUGACCUAUCUGGAUCUAACAGUGAUGAAAAUUGUCAACAAAACGACGUCGUACCACCACCAAAUCAAAAAUCUCAGAACGUCAAUGCUCUUUUGAGUGGAAAUUUAGUGGUGAAAAGGCAGCCGUUACUUCCACGAGUGCUUUCAGUUAGUGAAAGAGAAGCGGUUUUAAGGAAGCCGUUUAAACCGCCUUCGGAUGAGGGAUAUUCAGAUCAAAAGGAGCAUCUUAUUCGUCGUUUAUGUGCUCGUAAACGAUUUGUACCUUGGGGUUCCGACAGGCCAGUUUUAGUUAACAUUACAAACCGGUUGGAUGUGCCUGUUUCUAUUGAGGAGGAUGUUCCCCAAGAGAGCGUAAAUCUGCCACCGGAUAUUGAACCCUUAAUUUUAUGGCAGUCGGAAGAGGAAGGUGAUGACGGUUUAAUACGUGUAGAAGUUGAUCAUCUACUUGUUAAGUUCCUUCGACCCCAUCAAAGAGAAGGGGUUCAGUUCAUGUUUGAAUGUGUUUCGGGAUUAUGCUCCCCUGAUAUAAAUGGCUGCAUUUUGGCUGAUGACAUGGGGUUAGGGAAGACUUUGCAGUCAAUUACAUUGUUGUAUACGCUUCUUCGUCAAGGUUUUGAUGGAAAGCCAAUGGUUAAAAAGGCAAUAAUUGUAACGCCAACGAGUCUAGUAAGUAACUGGGAGGCUGAAAUUUUGAAAUGGGUUGGCGAAAGAGUUAAGCUUGUGGCUCUAUGUGAAAGUAGUCGUGAGGAUGUCAUCUCUAGCAUUGAUAACUUUAGAAGCACACAUAGCCGAUUACAGGUACUGAUUGUUUCCUACGAGACGUUUCGGAUGCAUUCAUCAAAAUUUAACGAUAGUGGUUCUUGUGAUCUUCUCAUAUGUGAUGAAGCUCACAGGUUGAAAAAUGAUCAGACCCUGACUAAUAAAGCAUUGGCUGCUCUAGCUUGUAAACGUCGCAUUUUAUUGUCGGGGACUCCAAUGCAAAAUCACCUAGAAGAAUUUUUCGCCAUGGUCAACUUCACUAACCCGGGAAUUUUGGGGGAUGCUGCAUUUUUUCGACGAUAUUAUGAGACACCCAUCAUCUGUGGAAGAGAACCUACUGCCUCUGAAGACGAGAAAAAUCUUGCAAAUGAGCGCUCAGCAGAACUGAGUGCAAAAGUCAAUCAGUUUAUAUUGAGGAGGACUAAUGCUUUGCUAUCAAAUCACUUACCACCUAAGAUAGUUGAGGUUGUUUGUUGCAAGCUAACUCCUCUCCAAAAAGAAUUGUACAAUCACUUUAUUCAUUCGAAAAAUGUGAAACAAGCAAUUACUGAAGAUGUAAAGCAAACAAAAAUUCUGGCUUAUAUAACAGCCCUAAAGAAGCUUUGCAAUCACCCAAAGCUGAUUUAUGAUACUAUGAAAAGUGGGAACCCGGGGACUGCAGGGUUUGAGGGCUGUAUGCGCUUUUUUCCUCCAGAAAUGUUCUCUGGAAGAUCUGGAUCAUGGACUGGUGGUGAUGGAGCAUGGGUUGAACUAUCAGGGAAGAUGCAUGUCUUAGCUCGUUUAUUGGCUCAUCUGCGUACGAAAACCGAUGACCGAAUAGUAUUAGUUUCAAAUUAUACGCAGACCCUGGAUCUUAUUGUUCAGUUAUGUCGUGAACGAAGAUAUCCAUUCUUAAAGCUUGACGGGUCUACGUCAAUCAGCAAAAGACAAAAGCUGGUCAACUGCUUCAACGAUAAGUCAAAGGAUGAGUUUGCAUUUCUUUUGAGCAGCAAGGCUGGUGGCUGUGGCCUCAACUUGAUAGGUGGAAAUAGACUUGUUCUGUUUGAUCCUGAUUGGAAUCCCGCCAAUGACAAACAAGCUGCUGCAAGAGUGUGGAGGGAUGGACAGAAGAAGAGAGUAUACAUCUAUCGGUUUCUAAGCACAGGAACCAUUGAAGAGAAGGUAUAUCAACGUCAGAUGUCAAAAGAAGGGCUUCAAAAAGUAAUUCAACAAGAGCAAGUUGAUCCCAAGAUUCAGGGGAACAAUCUUUCAACGGAGGAUUUGAGGGACCUAUUUACAUUCCAUGAGGAUGCAAGAUCUGAAAUUCAUGAGAAGAUGAACUGCACACGUUGUCAAAACUCUGGAGAAAGAGCAACAGAUGAAAUACCUAACGUGAGCAUGAGUGAAUGUGCUGGAUCUCCAGAUGAAAGGUGCCCCUCUGAUGAAGAGGAUAUUGGGGGAUUUGCGGGUAUUUCUGGUUGCUUGCACAACUUAAAGAGCUCAGAGAAACAGGCUGGCACUCCAUUAGAAGAGGACCUAGCUAGCUGGGGUCAUCAUUUCACUCCAAACACCGUACCUGAUACCAUUUUUCAAGUAUCAGCUGGAGAUGAGGUCACUUUUGUUUUCACGAACCAAAUUAGCGGAAAGCUUGUACCUGUGGAAUCAAUGGUUAAAUCAAAAACAGCUGAAGCAAACGCUGAGGCGCAUACAUCAAAGGGUAUUGUAUACAAAAAUCCUAUGAUAACAUCCAAACGUCAACAGACAAUACCAUCUGCUUGGUCCAAAGGCGGGUCCAUCAGAGGCAAAUUACCAACUUCUACUGGGAGUUCACAGCGGACACUUAAGGAGUUUAUAGGAAAGCCAAUGGAAGGUACGAAUUAUGUAGCAUUAAAACCUAAAACUUCCCUUGAUAAAUAUUUGCCUCAAAAGCGUUUGUCUUCUGGGCAUGUAGAUGACGAUGAUGAUUUUGCAUAAAUUCACUCUUAUGUUCAUUGCAUCACAACCAAAUUUUCUUUGAACAUUGGCUAUAAAUAGAUAAAUCCAGUGUAUUCAUGUAUACUUUUAAAAAUGUUUUACAGUUAUACACAUCAUCAAA